ACCUUGCCACCCACACCUCACCGAACAAAAACCGUGAUUGUGCUCGUGCCUCGAUCCCUAAAAUAAAGUCCCACUUACAACACUAUACAGUCAGCCUCUUCCCUCUAGCCGGGGCUCUCUCUCUCCCCCUCUCUCUGCUCACAGGUGACGGCGAGGACAACCCGGAGGUUUCCCCUCACGGCAUUAACCACUCCAGUCACGUUCAGAGAGGAAACCAAAAGGGCAGGAGCUCUAGACGACGUCGGGGAGAAGAGCCCCGGUCCUCUCACUCCGCCUCCGCGCCCUCCACUCAGCCUCCUCUCGCCUCCCCGCUCCUGCUCCGCCGCGCCGGUCCCUUCGAAGUGGAGAGCAGCAUGACAGGAGGACUGAAGGACGGCGUAAAGGAAGAGGAGUUUCUGCAUUCGCCGUUCAUCCGAAAACAAGGGAACAUUUACAAACCCAACAACAAAGACAUGGACAACGACAGUCUGGCCGGGAAGACGAUGGAGGACGUCCACACCAAAGAGAUCGACCUGGUCAACCGGGACCCGAAGCGCAUCAACGACGACGUUGUCAAGGUAGACUUUGAGGACGUGAUCGCCGAGCCCGCGGGGACCUACAGCUUCGACGGCGUGUGGAAGGCCAGCUUCACCACCUUCACCGUCACCAAGUACUGGUGCUACCGGCUGCUCACGGCGCUGGUCGGCAUCCCCCUGGCGCUCAUCUGGGGCGUGUUCUUCGCCAUCCUGUCCUUCCUGCACAUCUGGGCCGUGGUGCCGUGCGUCAAGAGCUACCUGAUCGAGAUCCACUGCGUCAGCCGCGUCUACUCCAUCUGCGUGCACACCUUCUGCGACCCGCUGUUCGAGGCCAUGGGCAAGUGCCUGGGCGGCAUCCGGAUCAGCACCGCCAAGGAGGUGUAGCGUGUGUACCCCCCCCCCCCCCCCC